CGCGCACGCUUUUUUUACGCUUCACGCACAAAUCACUCGCUGAGCGCUCCUUUUUAGCGCAUACAAGCACCGAAAUAUAACGGACAUCAACGCUUGCAGUAUGCAGAGUUUGUUUGUUGAAAAGUAGGAGGAGGGUUGCGCUCGGAUCUUCCCUUUUUGUAUUUGGUGAAUGGAGAUGAGUCGUGCUUAAAGAAAUCUGUUCAUCGCGUUAAAGAGAAGAGCCGUCACUCCCCCACCUGUUGGCAGGUGGUGCUGGCUUUCACCCCGCGGGCAUCUACUAUGACAUUGGGUUUGGAAAUCAUGGAGGAUAUUGUUAUCGACGUAGUAGGGGAAGGACUCAAAGACAGCGGCGAGGAGCAGCUCUUACCUUUGGAUGAGUCGCGGAGCGAGCAGGAGCGCGGCGCCGAGACUCUCAGCAGCCGGAGCAAAGAGCGGGACACCUACAGGCCCGAGCCGGAGUGUCCUUCUGCGGCCAAAAGCAAAGGUCCCGCGUCGGUGAAGCCUCCCUACUCUUACAUCGCCCUGAUAACCAUGGCCAUUCUGCAGAGUCCGAAGAAGCGGCUCACCCUCAGCGAGAUAUGCGACUUUAUCAGCCAGCGCUUUGCGUAUUACCGGGAGAAAUUCCCCGCGUGGCAGAACUCCAUCAGGCACAAUCUGUCGCUGAACGACUGCUUCAUAAAGAUGCCCCGGGAGCCCGGGAACCCCGGGAAGGGCAACUACUGGACGCUGGACCCCAACUCCUCGGACAUGUUCGAGAACGGGAGCUUCCUGCGGCGGAGGAAGCGCUUCAAGCGGCAGCAUUUCCGCUUCGACCCGCUCAAGGAGCAGCACCUGGAGCCCAGCGGACUGCACGGCUUCGCGCACGGCGCCUACGGGUUCAGCGCAGCGGCAGCGGCGGCUCUGCAGCUGCCCGGUCUGGAGAUCUACCCGUACCUGCAUCACCACGCGCACUCGCCGUGCGGGCCCGCUGCCAUCCCACCUGUCAGCAGCAUCCUGCCGGCGCUCUCCAGCUUCUUCUCCCGCGGCGCGCUCACGGCCAAAGCUUUCCUCCAGGCGCAGCCCGGCAUUGAAGGCUUCUCCCCGGCCCAGUGCACCGCGUACUCCUCCCCUCUGACCUCCGGCGCUGCCUACGCGUCCCCCGCGCUCUUCCACCCCGCGGCGGCUCCGCACUUCCUCAGUUUGCACCAGGAGUAUCAGAAAUUACAGACUCAGCGUGGCACCGUGGAGUUGGCCAAACACAUCCACGCUGCCAACAUUGAAUAAUGAUCAGUACCGCCGGACUAUGAACUCGUGUUUUUCUCAGGUAACAGAGACAUUUUAAGCAGAUUUUCUCAAGUGUGAUGAAUCUGCUUUCAAAGAAUGUUGUAGAUAUGUUUAUUUUAAAUCUCCUCCUUUUCACUUUUUUGGCAAAAAA